CGUAGUCUCGUAUUGUCUCAUUUUCGGAGUGAAAAGUAGUGGAUUUGUGUUGUUUUCCAUGUUUCGUUACAAUGGGAUGCACGACAGGCAAAAUAUAUGUCGGAUAUUUAUCUUUAAUAACGUGUUUCGGAUUGUUUCCUCUUUGCAUGGCAAUCGCACACGUUGUUCCACAAUUCAUCGCUCUUGCACCAGGUCCCGUGAUAGUGGGUUCACCACAACCCCCAACUGAGGAUUGCAGCAAGAUAUCUGCAGAUGACUGCCUGGAUGACCUGCAGACCUUCAUGAGACUCACAGCUCUUCCCUUCACUGAUGACGCGAAUGUACUGAACGGACUUUGCAAACAAGCCCUGCACGGCUACAACUGCUCGUCGCACCUGUACCGGGGCAACUGCCUGCCGGCCCGUCAGUUGGAAAUGAUGCCCAUCUUUAUCUCCGAAGCCGAAAUCAUGUUCUUCACGAUUUGCGGAGACGGCCGCGACACGCCAGGAUAUAUGAGUGACGCUUUUCUUAGUAUAUCAACUUGCAUAAUGGAAAACAAGGCGAAGAUGGAUUGUUGUGCUGAGGAGUCUGGAGUGUCCUUGAUGCCAGUUUUGCAUAUUUUGGAAAAAUCGAGCAAAAGUUUGACGGAAAGAGAGAUAAUUACUUGUUGUCCUUUAUCACGCUAUCUGCAAUGCACAUCAAAUGUGAUAUCGGCGAGUUGCGGAGAAUUUGCCGCCAACGUCACAUAUGCUUAUAUUUGGCGAGCAGCUGGCGACCAGGUACAAGCUGUUUGCGAAAAAAUGCCCAACUACCCGGACCCAGACGCUACAACAUGCUCUAGUCCUGUGCCCCAGUGUUCUGGGAGCCAGGAGAUGAAACCGUCUAAUAAUUUAUUUAUUAUUAUAGCGCUGUUCUUAUUUUUGAAGAUGGUUUUCAACACUGAAGGUCUUAGAACAAGUUAAACUGUGAAAUUUUAUUCCACAAUGACAUUGUUAAUCUUUGGAAUUAAAUGUUAUUAUAUUGCAGUACGUCUCAUUUAAUCUGCAAAAAAUAAAUUAUUUCAAAUAUUUGUUAUAUUGAAAAUAAUGGCUUUUAAUUUUAAAAGAAAGUUUUGGAUAUUAUGCAAUGCAUUUUUAAAAUCUACCUGGAUUCGUUCUCAGCUG